AAUCGCAUUUCGUUCAGUCCUGCCGCGAACCUGUAUACAGCAGAACGCCAUGGCGAAGUUCGAACAGAGGACCGUCAUGUUACCGCCGAUCCAGCCCGCUUCGGUCAACAUCAGCUUCUCAGAUAUCAAACUUCAAGUUUCAAGUGGAUAUUUUCAUAAAGAAAGCAAAAUGGUGCUGCGAGGUGUAUCCGGCACGUUCAGAUCCGGCGAGCUGACAGCCAUCAUGGGGCCGUCAGGAGCCGGAAAAUCAAGUUUGCUCAACAUUUUAACCGGAUUCCACGUAACCGGUAUGAGCGGUGAAGUCAGAAUGGACGGGCAGAUCAUCAGGCCGGGAAAAGACGGCUCGAGAAAGCAAUCCUGCUACAUUAUGCAGGAGGACCAUCUGAACCCAAUGUUUAACGUUAUGGAAAUAAUGAUAAUGGCUGCCAAUCUCAAAUUGGGCAACGGACUGCCAAAAAAGGCAAAAAUAUUAGUCGUUGAAGACAUUCUCGAUUCACUCGGUAUGUCUGCCACAAAGUACACAAAAUGUGGCAGGCUCUCAGGAGGGCAGAAGAAAAGGCUUUGCAUAGCGCUGGAGUUGAUUGACAACCCGCCGAUAAUGUACCUUGACGAACCGACAUCAGGUUUAGACAGCUCAUCGACAGUACAGUUAGUGACGAUGUUGAAAAGUCUGGCAAGGGGAAACAGGACAAUUGUAUGCACCAUUCACCAGCCAUGUGCCAGUAUAUUCGAGCUUUUCGAUCAUGCGUAUAUUAUAUCAAAAGGCGUGUGUGUGUAUCAAGGCUCAAGCAGAAAUCUCGUCCCUUUUCUUCAAACGAUAGGUCUUCAAUGUCCAAAGUAUCACAACCCAGCUGACUUCUUGCUUGAUGUUGUAUGCGGUGAAUUUGGAGAAUUUACUGAACAAAUGACUUUAGCUGCAAAAGAUCCUACUUGGAGAAUACCACCACAAUCAUUAGGUACUUUAAUUAUUUUAACUUUUUAUUGUUGUUUAAUAAUCAUACUUUUUUUUGUACCUGUAGUACCUGUAGAAUUUAAGGAAGAAAAUACUGGGAAAACAUGUGUCCUUGUUUCAUCACCUUCUGAAUUUUCAAGAUUUAUGAUUUUAUUCAAGAGGAAUGUCAUUCAAUUACACAGAGACUGGACGGUAUCCUAUUUAAAAGUUUUUCUCCAUAUGAUAGUCGGUAUAGUUAUGGGUGUGUUAUUCCAAAACGCCGGCAGUUACGGAAACAAAACGAUUACAAAUGUAAGCUAUUUCAUGUGCGCCAUUGUAUACCAGAGCUUCACGUCUGUCAUGCCGGCUGUCUUGAAAUUUCCUGCUGAAAUAAAUACACUGAAAAAAGAACAAUUCAAUAAUUGGUAUAAGCUGCGUACUUAUUACAUGGCCUUACUUAUGGCCCAUCUGCCACUUCAGAUGUUAUACAGUAUUGUGUUUAUCUCUAUAUCUUACUACUUAUCUGGACAGAUCCUCGAGGUUGAAAGAUUCCUUAAAUUUGGGACAGUUUGCGUGAUGACUGUUUUGACCUCUGAGUGUCUGGGGUUGGCAUUGGGAACAGUAGAUAAUCCUGUGAAUGGAAUAUUUUGGGGCUCUGUGAUGUUAGCCGUGCAGAUACUACUCGCUGGAUUCCUUGCCAUUUUGACUCACAUGCCGAGAAUCCUCUAUUAUAUCUCAUUCGUGAAUUAUAUGCGGUACGGGUUGGAGGCGAUGGUCAUAUCGAUUUACGGGUCGAAUAGGCAGGUGCUUAAAUGCCCUGUAGACGAGCUCUACUGCCACUUAAGAUACCCGGAAAAACUUCUGACAGAAAUCGGCAUGGAUAAAGUCAACUAUUGGGUCGAUACGGCAUUUUUGGGAACGUUUUUCUCGAUUUCUUGUCUAAACGCAUACUUCUUCUUACGUAGAAAAGUCAAAAGCCAUUAAAUUUUUAUCCUCUUUUUUAUAUAUUUUAUUUAAUAUUUAAGAAUACUUAUUUGUCUUAAAGUUCUAUCUACUAAGUUUUUUUUAUGACCGCACAGCAAAAUAUUUGACACAAACUCACUUUAGUAAGUUCCUACAAUUCAAGAUAGAAAUUAUUUAUUUCUUUGUUUUUUUAAACAUUAUUGACUUUUAUGAAAACAAUGAGAUGAAAUUUUAUGUUGUUAAGAUAUUUCAUUUGUAAUAUAUUGUACAUAAAAUGUGUUAGUUUUGUACUGUGUAGAAAACUUAGUAGCUAAAGUGAUACUUGGUUUUAAGAAAUAAGUUAGAAGUAUGUGCGCAAUUUUUUUUUUUAAAUUUUAAUAUGUAGAAUUGGGCAUUGUUCUUGUGAUAAAGAAAAUAUUUUACAUAUUAAUUCUUGUAAAUAAAUAUAAAUUACGAUCAGGAAGUGUUAUUACUAAAAAUAUUGUUUUCUAUAUUUGUGAAAGAGAAAAUGUGUGUUAACAAACCACUGUCUACAUUACCUCAGCAAAUUACAAACGAUAAUCGUUUAUUUUAUUUUUUUUUUAACUGAAAUAUGUUCUAUUUGUAGAGUAUUGAACUGUGAUAACAUUGUAGUUUUUAUUCAAGAUUUGAGUUGAUAAAUAAAUCUAAAUACUUUAAAAGUGUUAUUGUAUUUUUUUUAAUUUUUUUUUCAUGCCUGAUCUUUAAGGACAAACGAUGAUGUGAUAAAAUUA